UUUUGUCAAGUUAAAGUUUUGCACUCUACCUCAAGGUCUACAGCAAGACCAAGUGCGUGUAUGAGCUGAAUACGCUCAAGCCCUGUCAUGCAUCAGUCCAAGACGGUGGUCCACACACUGACUGAAGGAAGCAAAGCUUUCCCCUACGGCCGUCAUCGCUAGCCUGCACCGCCCGCUCCCCCCAGCCGCUCUUCAGAGACAGAAAGCGCCUGUUCGGGUUUCGUUGGUUUUAAGAAACAUUAUGCGCCUCAUCAAGCGUCAAAUGACAACGAUGUGCAAGAGGUGGCUGUGUCAUAUUCAACGUGAUACUUGGAACUCGCUUGCAGCUUUGGUUGUGACACCUGAAUCUUAGAGGGGGAAAAAAAAAUACUCGGCGUAUUUCUUUGAAAGAAAGCAAAGAUGAAACAACAUUAAAAGGAAGCGGCAUGUUCGCGUAACAUUUUUUAACAGCCCAAAAGGACGCAGCUCCCCCGACGUAUGAUUCAGAGAAAUCCGCAGCAGAUCUAAAACAAUGACGGCGUUAUGGAGCCCCAGUUCGGCCGAGGAUAAUCACAUGACGAGAUGUCAUAUGACAGGGGAAGCCCAGCGGCUCCAGCUGUGCCCGGGGCUGCCAGCGCCACUUCUCAUGAAUGAAAGCAAGCCGAGCGCAUAGCUCCGGCGACCCUGGUUUGCUUCACUUCUGGAGCGAGAUGGCCCGCUGCCUGACGCCGUGGCUGUGCGCGGUGAGCGCUGUUUGCCUGCUGGGAAUGGCCGUCGGCCAGACGACGCUUGCCCCCGUGGUGACCAACACCACAGGAAGUGGGAACGCCACUGUGACCACGGAGGUCCCUCCCAGCACAGCGGCUCCAGACUGCUCCGCCGUCAACACCUCCAGCUGUGUGGCCUGCGCCCCCGGCUCCUAUUACGACAACGGUACGCUGGCGUGCUCGUGCUGCCCAGAGCGCGGGCUGUGUGUGGCUCAGAGCAACUGCCUGCCCUGUUCCAGGGGGCACUACCAACCUCUGGCCGCUCAGGACCUCUGCCUGCCUUGCAGCCAGGGCUUCUACACCAACUCCACCGGCAGUCCCGUGUGUCUCUCCUGUCCAGCAGGCACCUUCGGCAACUCCACUGGCUCGCAGGCGUGCACAGCCUGCUCUCCAGGAUAUUACACGUCUCGCCAAAACGCCACUUCCUGUGAUCCUUGCCCACUGGGAACCUUCUGCAACUCCUCCAGCUGUGCCCAGUGCCAGCCCUGCCCGGGGGGCGCAGAGUCCCUGAAGCCCGCCUCCAGGGAGUGCACGCCCUGUCGCCCAGGAAUGUACAAGGAGCCCCACGAGACCAUCUGCAGGAUCUGUAACAGUGGCUUCUUCCAGAUCCACUGGGGCCAGGAGAGCUGCGAGAUCUGCCCCAAGGAUCACUACUGUCCCAGCCCUGACGUGAUCCCCAUUCAGUGUCCUGCCGACGCCUUCUGUCCCAAGGGCAGCACUGCCCCUGGGUACUGCAUGGAGACCUUCCUGCGCAAGGCAGGAGACACCUGCGAGCUGGCGCCCGUCACCAUCGCCCUGCUGGUCAUCGCAGGAGGCUUGGCGCUCUUCGUCGUCGCCCUGCUCGUCCUGCGGCGCAAGAGGGAGAGGGACAGGGAGCUGGCUGUGGAGCGGGCACCCCUCCUGCGCAAAGAGAGGCCGCCGGGCCGCGGGUACGGGGGGGCUCAAGACGCCGAGCCCGUCUACGCGGGCUGGUAACGCCAGGGCACACCCCGCACGAGCCCCACUCCCGGACGCCGGUUGACACCUGCCCCCCCGAGCUGAAAGGAAGCACACAAGGACGGAGGGGGUGUUUUUAUCUGUUUUCUUAGUCUCCCGGGUGCGCGGAGUGAUUCCGGCUUCGGCUCACAGGAUUUCGUCCAGCCCUCACGAAGAUGAGAAGCACUAACAGACGUCGGUUUGACCGCCAUUGGUUUCGAUUGAAGUAGAGGUCAGGCAAGAACAUAGCGGCCAAGAGGCAUUUCCUUCGCGAGCCCCAGGCGCUAAAGUUCCUACCGUCUGAAUGUUGGGCUCCUGGACCUUUUCAGAGUGUCUGUCUCUCCUGUGGCAUAUUUCAGCCCCACACAACGCUUACAAAACCAGGCCCUUGUGGCAGGCUCUGUCAGGGUUUAGUUUGUCUGUGCUGAAUUAUAGUCUCCCUCUUCCUCCUCGAAUCAAGUGGCAGUCCGCUUUCAAGGGGUUCAUCAGCCCUGGGUGGCCUCCAUCCGCGUCAUGUACAGUGAUUCACAGCACAGUCAUGUCGGCGUGACGCGACGGAGUAAAACUACAGCUUAACACUAAGCAAAGCGGAGCAGAUGGGCUCUGCAGGUCUCCUUGCUGGUCGUUCGUGUCGAAGGGCAGCGUUUAUACUGCAGGACACUUCCUCAGCAUGUUUCCGAGGGCGUAUUUCACACCCCUCCAUGUCCUUUAAAAAGGUUCUGUCUGUACUGGGAAUCACGGCCCAAUCCUGCCAAUGACUGCAUUCUAAAGCACUGAUUCUGCACUUAAUACCACUUUAAACCUUACUAUUGAGUUUUCUGAGAUGUCUGCUGAGGAAAGCAAUCUAAACUGUUUACUUCUGAGGUUUGGGUAAGACAAAAUGUAGUUAAGCCAAGUUCCUUUAGUGAAUGUUUUAUUUUUGUUGCUGUUUGCCUGUGGUCCUGAGUGAAUGUUUUCUGUUUCAUUUUGAAUUCAUCUGAGCUGCAUGAUAGAAAAGUCUUUAGUCAAUAUAUUAAUAUUAAACUCUGUUUAGAAAGAGACUUAAUCCCUAUUGCUCAUUUUGAGUUCUUUACAAAUGCCUUAAUAUAAUCUCCAGAAUGUUAAAUGCCAGUUUCUGAAGCCUAAGCCUGCUGUGCGAUAAAAUUCUCUCAGAAAGUGCCACAGGCAGUCUCCUGCACAUUCCUUGUUCCUAUGAACUGGUGGCCAUGCAGUUUCAAAUAGAUUUUGUUGUACUUGAAACAAACAAAAAAAAAAACUCACGAUCUUUUAAAAAUGAUUCUAUUCCUCCCAAGUGCUGUAGGUAGAAGAAUGUUUUUCUUUUCUCGUGAAAGUACGUGCUGGUUUGCACAAUGUUUCUGCUCAUCUUGGACUUUAUCAACCACUAAGAAGCUCAGGACUAAUGAUAAUUACUCAACCCAUGGUGAUGAGCGGAAAAAUUAGUGGUGUGAUAAGAGUUUGCCCAACCGCUACUUUUAGAUUAUUUUUACUUCCAGGAACGCUCCCUGUGCCAUGAAAGGAUUGCAUGGAGCAGAGACUGUCCUGUGCCAGGGCUGCGACGCUACCAAAGACGUGCGCUGUUAAGCAUCAGUGCAGGUCUUUGACAAGUUUGGAGUGUGCAUUGCAGCAGCUGCACUCUAAUGCUCCCUUUAGGAAACAGAGCAGGUGCUGACGGGGACAGAUCUGGCUCCACCUCCAUAGGGGGAAGGCAGGUGGGGGAAAAGAAAAAGGUGCAAAUUCCAUACUGGACCUGUGUUCCAGACCUGUAUUGGACCUAGGAGUGUCCCAGUGCUGGAGCAGGGAGAGUCUCACUUCUUCUCGUCUACAAUCAUUCGAAAUCAGUAUCUUAAUUUAAGAAAAUAUAUGCAGUUUGUAUUUUUAAAAAGUUGAUUUUUUUUUAUUGGCUGUGGUAGGGCCCAGCAACAUUUAAGAUUAUUUCCAAAUAAAACACAGUGGAGGAAAGUGAUGCUGUAGUUGGUCAAGGCAGCAGUGGAGCAGGGUUCCAGAGCUGGGCUCGGUACCAGCUGGGCCACAGCUUCAGCCUCAUUCUAAAACUCGACAGCUGGAGUUUGAUGCUUAUUGGCAAGAAGCAGCUUUCAAACACUGUUAAAGUCUGUAUGAAGUGAAUGAAAAUGUAUUUGAAGAGGUACAGAUUGUAAAGCCUUUUUUAAAUAAAAAUUAUUUACAUUU